AUGUGGCCCCAGUACCUCAUAGGGUUUAUUGUGGCAUUCUUGAUUGGCUCUGUCUAUCUUUCCUUUGGUCUCAUCUUCGACAAGGACGAGAACAGUGCAGAAGAUACAUGGCCUCGCCGCCAUGGAAGCAUGGUCGGUCUCACCUGCGUUCCGCUUGUCAUCUUGGGUGGUUUCGUUCAUCUGCACAUUGUCAUUAUUAAGGAUCAGAAGAACAAAAAGGCGCAUGAGCACUCCAUUCACCUUGCCUGCGAAGCUGCUAGUUCCAUCCGUACAGUUGCUUCUCUCACCCGUGAGGAGGAUUGCCUCCAUCUGUACAGCGAGUCACUGGAGAGCCUGCUCCAGGAGUCCAAGACUAGCUCGUUCUGGUCCAACAUGCUCUACACGAUCACACAGAGUUUGGCACCUUCCAAUUCUUCGUUCCAGCUCUUCGUCGCGCUCCAAAUGACUGUCUUCAGUUCCAUGCAGGCGGACAAUGUGGUCUCGUUCGUGCCUGACAUGUCCUCUGCUUGGGGUGCUGCAGCGGACAUCGUCAACCUCCUGGACUCCAAGCCUAGCAUUGACGCUGACAGUACGGAGAGCAGCAUCCACUUCGAGAACAUCCACUUUUGGUACCCCACUCGUCCCGGUGUGUGCAUUCUGCGUGACCUCAACCUCACUGUCGGGUCUGGCACCUAUGUGGCGCUUGUCGGCGCGUCAGGAUGUGGAAAGCGUACGACCAUCCAGCUUCCCAUCGAGUACCGCAAGCACAUCGCUCUGGCCUCUCAGGAACCAACGCUGUAUGCUAGUACCAUCCGCUUCAACAUCCUCCUUGGUGCAACGAAGCCUGCUAAAAAAAACUCAAGGCCGUCAUUACCAGACAGCUUCGACACCAAGGUUGGUGGUAAGGGCUCCCAGCUCUCCGGUGGCCAUUGCGAUUGCGCAGACAACUCGACCUUGGAGAAGAUUGUGCAGGAAGCACUCGACAGUGCUGCCAAGGGCCAGACAACGAUUGUGAUUGCACAUCGUUUACCAACCAUCCAGAACGCAGACUGCAUAUACUUCAUCAAGGAUGGUGCAGUCCACAAAUCUGGCAUCCAUGACAAGCUCAUCGCGCUGUAUGGAGGCUACUACGAAUGUGUCCAGAUACAAGCACUCAACAAGAGGUAA